AUGUCUGUACUAUUCCCGGAUAAUCCGGGUACGAGCUUGGGAGAAGCUCGAUUCUCAAAUUUUACCGAGAAGAUUCCUGACCAAUCUCCGGAUUGGAUUGUGGACAUAUUCCCUAACAACUCAUUCAUUGAUAGUGAAACGCAUACGGUUAUAAAAGGAUUUUGCCGAGAUGUGCUUCUAUAUGAACUACCGAUAAUUGGGGUUCGUUAUUGGGAUUUAGCGAUUCUGACGCCAAAUCUUCUGUUUUUGUUAUUUUUGCUGUUAAAUGCAAGACAUGUUUUCAAGAAGAUAACUGGUUCCAAAAGUCCUGUAUUCAAGGCUUUUUUCGUCCUGGUUUACCUCACUACCUUUAUGAAUGUAAUAAGAUGCAUCGUAUCGAUGUCGAUAAGCGCUACAAAUCCGGUUGGAGAACUCGUUGACAAGGUUCUCUGGAUCUCGCUCAAGUUCUUCUACAUGACUUCUGAACUAAGCGUGCUGACAUUCGCUCUACUCUUUGGACAUCUCGACAGCUCAACCAGUAUCAGAAGGGCUCUCGUAGCGACACUCUUGAUUAGUCUUGCUCACUCUGGUUUUCAGUCUGUGUUGGAACUGAAGCUUAUUGAUCAAUCACUAACCGACGGUUUCUUCGACCUUCAUUCAGAAGGAGGACUACUGUUCUGGAUGCUCACGUCUGCCGCUUUCGCGCUUAUAUACCUUUUCGUCCUAUGUUUGCCAAUGACUUGUGUCAGACGAUAUGUUACUCUGCCAAGCAAAUGCUCUUUUUACUUGUAUUGCAUAAUGCUGUCGUUCCUCAACGUUCUGCAAGUGUUCGGAGCCAUCCUGCUAUUCUUUCACGCGAGUGAUGGAAUGUGCUUCGUCGAUUUUUCAACGUAUUUGUACUUUUGCUUCUACACUCCUAUUGUGUACGUAACAUUCCUGAGAAGAUCCCUCAGGCAUCCAAGCUCAAGUUCUGGCAACAGCCUGUUCUCCUACAGAAAGCAACGUGAUGAACAUGGCUCUGGUGACCUACCGGACUCUUACUUCCCGCGCUUCUCUGGCCUUACGUCGCCAUCAUACGACGAUCUGUUCGAUUGUACGCCACGUCCUGUUGCGACUUAUUCGGACGCUCCUCUGAUGCUUUCAACAGCCGAAACGGCCGAGUCAACAGUAACCACUAGAACGGGUUCGGAUGAAUGGGAAGCGAGGCAUUCUGGGCUAUGGGAAACUAACGUCGAGACGCGACAUCUGAAAGGUCUCGGCGCUGAUGGAAGCCUCGUGUUCGAUGACGACCCAUACCCGCGGUGGCAUCGCUAG